CAGGAGGCGGCGGCCGCCGCGCUCAGUUCUGCCGCGCCGCGGGAGGGAAGCGCGAGGCGGGAGCCGGCGGCUGGGCUCGGCAGCGCAUCCAGCGUAGUGCGGCGCCCCGGGCCCGGCCCCAUGCCCUCAGCCCCCCCGGACCGCCCUUGAGCACGGGCGCCCUAACCGCGCCCCCUGCCCGCCGGCACCAUUGCCCCGACGGCGCGGCCUGGCGGCCCGGCGCUCCCCAGGCUCCGCGCCGGCCGGAAGACGCUCCUGGCUGCCGCCGCGGGCGUGGUGAUGCUGCUGGUGCUGGUGGUGCUCAUCCCCGUGCUGGUGAGCUCGGGCGGCCCGGAUGGCCACUACGAGAUGCUGGGCACCUGCCGCAUGGUGUGCGACCCCUACCCCGCGCGGGGCCCCGGCGCCGGCGCGCGGCCCGACGGCGGCGACGCCCUGAGCGAGCAGAGCGGCGCGCCCCCGCCCUCCACGCUGGUGCAGGGCCCCCAGGGGAAGCCGGGACGCACAGGCAAGCCGGGCCCUCCCGGGCCCCCGGGGGACCCGGGUCCUCCGGGUCCUGUGGGGCCACCCGGGGAGAAGGGUGAGCCGGGCAAGACCGGCCCUCCCGGGCUGCCGGGCGCGGGGGGCAGCGGCGCCAUCAGCACGGCCACCUAUACCACGGUGCCGCGCGUGGCCUUCUACGCCGGCCUCAAGAACCCUCACGAGGGUUACGAGGUGCUCAAGUUCGACGACGUGGUCACCAACCUAGGCAACAACUACGACGCGACCAGCGGCAAGUUUACAUGCAACAUUCCCGGCACCUACUUUUUCACCUACCACGUCCUCAUGCGCGGCGGCGACGGCACCAGUAUGUGGGCGGACCUCUGCAAGAACGGCCAGGUGCGGGCCAGCGCCAUUGCCCAGGACGCAGACCAGAACUACGACUACGCCAGCAACAGCGUCAUCCUGCACCUGGACGCGGGCGACGAGGUCUUCAUCAAGCUCGACGGAGGCAAAGCGCACGGCGGCAACAGCAACAAAUACAGCACAUUCUCCGGCUUCAUCAUCUACUCCGAUUGAGCUCCUUGCGACCCCUCCAUCCCCUAUCCUCCCGGAGGUCCCCUCCCGGCGGGGCAGAGGAUGACCCGUCCCCCUACCCACACCCCCUCGCUGCCCGCCACGGCCGCCGGCUUCUCCCGGCUAUGAUGCCCCCGGCCUGCCCUCACCACCGUCCGGGCUGCAGCUAGCCCUCCCACCGUCUCGCCGCAGAGCCGGGUCCAGCGCGCCCCGUCCCGGUUCCCCGGGAGGCGGUGUCGACCGCCCCCGCCCCAGCCCGCACUGUAUAUUUGUACAAUAGGAUUGUUUUUGCCCACCUGACCCACCAGCCCGCCCCAGCUGGGGGAGAGGUCUCGGCGGGGUCGCUCUCCGUGCUCGGAUGCACUGCCCACCCGCUCUGGGGUGGUGCUGCCUGGGGGAGCGGUGUAUUGGGGGCUGGAUGGCUUCCCAGCUACAGCCCUGGCCGGCUGCGCCUCGUCUGACCAAAGCUAUAAUAAAACACUUCCACCCCGC